AUGAAGGAAGAGACUGAACCGACAAUGAUUUGGGACCGAUUUUUGGUCGUCUUUCGAGAGAAAUACAUACCUCAGUCCGUCCAAGAUGCAAAGUGUGCGGAGUUUUAUCGACUAAAGCAGUGGGGACAGAUGUCGGUGACUGAAUACGAAGUAGAAUUCACCAGGCUAUCACAGUACGGGAAACACCUGAUUAGCACAGAAAAUCUAAAAGCACGAAGGUUCGAAGAGGGACUCCACCCUGACAUCCGUGAUGUCAUACUGCCAAUGCGAUUGGUUACAUACGCUGACAUAUUUGAUCGUGCCAUGAUCGUAGAGAGGAAUGCCAAUAGCAGGAAGAAGUUCACUGAGAAGAAAAAGCAUCAUUUUGACAACUUUGAUGGGAAUAAGUCAAGUGAUUUUCCACCCAAAAAACAGAAUGCAGGACCAUCUAAUGUUAGGAGGCAGAAUAACAAUCGAGGCAAUAAGGUGCCUAAGUAUAACACUUGCGGUAGCUUCCACUCAGGAGAAUGUCGCAAAGCUGCUGGAACUUGCUUUAACUACGGCGAGGGGGAACACAUGAAAAGGAAUUGUCCUAAAUUGGUGCGAACUGGAGCGAAUACGGUACCAUUAGGGAGAAACAUGGUGCAGGCAACUGGGGCAGAACCUAACUUAGUGAACAAUCAACGACAAGGCAGAGCUUUUGCCUUAAUACCAGGAGACGUGCAGAACACAGAAAUGGUAGUUGCAGGUAACUUGUUUAUCUUUUCAUUAUCGGCUUAUGCUCUUAUAGAUUCCGGAUCAACACAUUCAUUCAUUGCAUUACAUUUUGCCAUGAGACUACUUAAGAUACCUGAACCCCUUGGUUAUGAUUUGAUUGUUUCUCAGCCCAUGAGUGGCAGUAGUUGUUGCUCAACUGUAUAUAGAAAUUGUGAUGUGUGUUUCGAUAAUAAUCAUCUGACAGUCGACUUGAUUCCCAUGGAGAUGGGUCACUUCGACGUUAUCCUUGGCAUGGUUUGGCUAUCUGCCAACAACGCCACUAUCGACUGUGCACAUAAGUGUGUUGAGUUUCGAAUCCCGGGUCAUGUGGACUUUCGUUUCACAGGGUUUGGUAUAGUUCCACCGCCGUAUUUAGUAUCCGCGGCUCAAGCCCGACGACUUCUAAGGAAGGGUUGUCAUGGGUUUUUGUGCAGCAUCUCGUCGUCACCAGUAGAAGAUACAAAGAUAUCUAUUAUUCCUAUGGUUUGA